UUUGUUUUGGAACCAAAACAAAAACGUGUAAUGACGUUCGAUCAAUCUUUUCGUAAACAAUCCAAAUUUUAGUUUAGUUUAUUCAAGUGCUAACAGUUCGAAUUUUUUAUAGUUAGUACAUAGUCCAAGCUAUGUUCAAAUGGAUCCAAAUACAAAGUUCUAUCCUUUAAUUUGUUCUAUUCAAAAAGUGGCACUUUUUGAAACUAAAUCGAAAUUGUAUUUGAUCGGUAGUAAUAGUAAGGAGACGCGUUUCCGUAUUCUGGAAAUUGAUCGCAAAUCACCCAAUUUAUCUAUCCAUGAAAAUGCCAGUGAACUUAAGAAAGGGGAUAUUCGACUGUUUCUUCAGACACGUUCCUAUACUAGGUCGAUUAGCGCUUACGGCGUGUUAGGAUUCGUAAAAUUUCUCGAAGGUUACUAUCUGAUCCUUGUUACCAAGCGAACACGAUGUGCGUUUAUUGGGAAACAUAUAAUUUACACCAUCAAGGAUACGGCCAUGAUACGGGUAAACGAACAGCCAACUGGGAAACAAGUGCAUCCUUUAGAGCAGCGUUACGUAAAGAUGUUCAGUAAUGUUGAUUUGAAAAGUAACUUUUACUUUAGCUAUAGCUAUGAUUUGACCAGGAGUUUGCAGUAUAACGUUUCAACGCCGAAAUUUGUCGGUGUUCAAUGCAAGAUUGAGCAAGAUGAACCAAUUGAGUGGAAAAAUGUCACAGGCGAAAAAUCGACGUAUGCUUUCCGUGGUGUGUCUCGCGAUAGGUUUGUUUGGAAUGCUUACUUGUUGAAGCCUAUGGAGUGUAUUAUGCACAAAGACUGGAAACUUGAAGUGAUACAUGGAUUCGUUAGCGAAUCCAGUAUUAGUAUAUUCGGGAGGCCAAUUUAUGUUUGCCUAAUAGCAAGAAGAAGUACACGGUUUGCUGGGACGAGAUUUCUAAAACGAGGCGCGAAUUAUUUUGGUGACGUAGCAAAUGAAGUUGAAACUGAGCAGAUUGUUCUCGACGGCACACGAAUGUGUAGUUUUACGCAAUUGCGGGGAUCGGUUCCAUCCCAUUGGUCUCAAGAUGUUAGCAAAAUGGUACCUAAGCCACAGAUCUCCCUAGAUCUUUCGGAUCCCUACGGAGAAACGUCAGGAAAACAUUACGAAAGGUUAAUGUUUCAUUUCGGCUCACCAAUAAUUAUACUCAAUUUGGUUAAGAAACGCGAAAAGAGACGUCACGAGAGUGUGCUGAGCGAUGAAAUGGUUGCUAGCGUGGACUAUUUGAAUCAGUUUCUGCCACCAUAUUUUCGUAUGAUAUACAUUGAUUUCGAUAUGGCUAGGAAAAGUCGUGGUAGGGGAAAUGUUAUGGAAAGUUUAGCCAAGUAUGCCGAAAGUGUGAUUCAACAGACUGGAAUGCUUUUCUUGGACGAAGUGAUAGUCACACAGCAAACGGGUAUCGUACGAGUGAACUGUGUGGAUUGUUUAGAUCGUACCAAUACUGCCCAGUUUGCCAUUGGUAAAUGCGCUCUUGCUUACCAACUGUACGAGCUGGGUUUUCUGAAAGAACGAAAAUUGGAAUUUGAGUCCGAAUGUGUUACAAUGUUAGAAAACUUAUACGAAGAUCAUGGGGACACAUUGGCGCUGCAGUAUGGAGGAUCACAGUUGGUGCAUCGGAUAAAAACUUAUCGCAAGACGGCGGCAUGGGCAUCGCAAGGAAAUGACAUUAUUCAAACACUGAGUCGAUAUUGUAGCAACACUUUUAGCGAUACUGAGAAACAACACAGCUUGAAUCUGUUUCUAGGUUAUUACAUUCCAUCUGAAUCGGAAGUAUCAAAAUCUACUCACAUUUGGGAUUUGGAAACCGAUUUUUAUAUUCACAAUUCUCGUUUCGACGUCAUUCGUCAAAUAUCUUCUGUGCCAUUAACUCAAUGGGUUAGACCAUUUAUCAUGAAACACCUUCCGUACUCGACUAGUGAUAAUAAUCGUGUGGUUAAUGAAUUGAUCAAAAUUCACAGUGCUGAUGUAGAAAUCAUUGAUUACUAUUCAAAUUUUUACUAUAACUUCAAACUUACAUCGUUUGAAGAAAAUAUUGCCUACCAGCUGAGCCACUUGGCGAGAAAUUUUGCACAUAGUUUGCGGACAAACUUCAGCCCGUUCGAACCAAUACGACGGCGGGAUAGCGUAGCAACCAAGAAUCCCUCAAUGAGCGGACAGUCUUCAACAGGUUCAACUAACAGCUCUUCGUCUAGUUUGGAUGAAGACUCGGAUUCUGAAAAUGAUGAUAGAAGUACUCGGAACACGGCUGCCAAUAGUAGCGCCAACAGCAGUAGAGCGGAAGAUCCUGUCACAAUUAACAGUAUGUUCCCAAUGACUGGGGAUGUAUAUGGGUUCGAAAUUCAAUCUCCGAAGAAAGCCGACAUGAUCAAAUAUCAAAAAUAUGUUCAGAUAAACCGCAUUUGCAAUCCUCAUGUGUACGCUGGUAUGAAAACUGAACAACAACAACAGCCACAACGACAUAACCCAUCAAAUGUAACAUCCUCUACAGAUGUAAUCAUAGUGCAAAAUAAUGAAAUCCAUUUGCGCACAACAGGAAAGCACAUUGAUUUACAGCAGGACAUCGAGAUACCCUCUGUUAGUGCAGAGAGUUUAGCAAUUUAUGAAAAAUACAGUCAGUUGCCAAAAAUCGUUUUGAAGCAGACCGAUGUUGAUCCUGUAAUUCUUAAAUAUUACACAUCUUUCGCAUGAAUAUGAAUUGCUGAAUCCAAAUACAAA